GUGAAAAGAAGAAGGCUAUGCCUUUUGGCAUACCAAUGAUGUGGUUAGACAACAGCCCGCAUCAACAAGAAAAUUGCUAUGGAUGUAUCAACUACCAUAAAACUUUGAAUAGAAGGAAAGCAAAGAAUACAACUUAUGUAGCAGUGCCAAGUGUCCAAUUACCAUUACCGCACUCAGAAUUCGUUCCAGUACCAACAUACCGAAGUAUUGAUCUUCAAACAGAAUACGACCCUGGUGAAGGUACAUCCUAUGAAACAUCAAAGGACCCAAUCUUAGUCACUCAAAAGCAAUUGGAUGCAAUUGUUGCAAUUUUGUGUUUGACUCAGAAAAAAUCAGAACAACUGGCUUCAUUUUUGAAAGGAAAUAAUUUGCUGGCGAAAGGUACCAAAGUAACAGCAUAUCGAAAACGCCAAAAAGAGUUAGAAAAGUUCUUCAAUGUGAAUGAUGCACAAAAUUUCGCUUAUUGCAACGAUAUCGAAAAGUUAAUGGAGACGAUAGGGUUAACCUAUAAAAAAGAUGAUUGGCGUUUAUUCAUCGAUAGUUCACUAAUCAGCUUAAAAGUUGUGCUUUUGCACAAGACGAAUAGAAUGCCUUCUGUUCCAAUUGCGUAUAUCACUGACACUAGUGAAAAUUUUGAUAAUUUAAAACACAUUCUGGAAGUAGUCAAAUAUAACGAACACCAGUGGCGCAUUUGCUGCGACCUCAAAAUAGUUUCAUUGAUUACAGGCUUAACAGCAUCUGGCCGUCCAAAAUAUCCGUGUUUUUUGUGCGAUUGGGAUUCACGAUACGGAGAAGUACCGAUAUUUCUUGUUUACAAAAACUUUGCUUUGAAACGUCAAAGUUGUAAAAUUUGGAUGAACCCAUUUGUCAAAUACACGUUUUUUGGUAUGGCAACAGCAAAUACAAGCGAAUGUGUUCAUUCACCACUCAUAAUACCAAUGCCCACAAUUUUCGCCUGA